GACGUUAAACAGCUGCUCUGAGAUCUCACAGUCCAUGAAUGGGGGAGCUGGGUUCCCGGCUCUGCACCUGUGUCGCAGAGGAAACUGCCACUCAUCCACCUGGCAGACUCCCACACUCGGGACCAGAGGAACGAACGAUAGGAGGGACAGAAACGCUCUCACCCACUCAUCCGCCCCUUCAACACAUAUCUGUAGGGCGCCCGUCCUGCCCCAGGCAGCUGUCAGGGCGCACAGAGGGGAGUGGGGUGUGCCUUCGGUUCUUAAAGGGAUCACGGUCAAGUGAGACUCUCCCAGCCUCAACCCUGUACCAACACCUCCACCCCCAGCGGAACUCCUGGAGCCUUUAAUAGCCCCAGAACAGGGCCACAGCCCAGGAAAAUCCAAGCAGCAUGUGCACCACAUUCCUCCGCUGGGAGCCACACCCAGUGGAAACAGUAACAGGCUGAGGCUGGCCGACAACUAAGCCCCGUCCUGCCUGGAGAAGCUUGGAGAGCAGGGCUGAGCAGAGGGGCUGCGUGGACCAAACGGAAGAGCCUGCUGCGUCCUGGGCACUUUACAGAAGCCAUCACGACGAUGCCAUCGUCCACUGCGUGGGGCGCCCUCCUGCUGGUGGGCCUGUGCUGCCUGGCCCCCCGCUCCCUGGCUGAUGGAGACGCAGCCCAGGACACACACGCACCCGAGCACGACCAUGCCCACCACGAGGUGCCCGCCUGCCACAAGAUCGCCCCGAACCUGGCUGACUUCGCCUUCGGCAUGUACCGCCAGGUCGCCCACGAAUCCAACACCACCAACAUCUUCUUCUCCCCUGUAAGCAUCGCUACGGCCUUUGCGAUGCUGUCUCUGGGGGCCAAGGGUAACACGCAUGACCAGAUCCUGGAGGGCCUCGGCUUCAACCUCACCGAGAGAGCGGAGAGCGAGGUUCACCAGGGCUUCCAGCAGCUCCUCCGCACCCUCAACCAGCCAGACAGCCAGCUGCAGCUGACCACCGGCAGCGGGCUCUUCAUCAACGAGAGCGUGAAGCUUCUGGACAAGUUUCUGCAGGACAUCAAGAACCUGUACCACUCGGAAGCCUUCUCCAUCAACUUCGGACACAACGAAGAGGCCAAGAGACAGAUCAACAAUUACGUGGAGAAGGGAACCCAGGGGAAAAUUGUGGAUUUGGUCCAAGACCUUGACAAAGACACAGUUUUUGCUCUGGUGAAUUACAUUUUCUUUAAAGGCAAAUGGGAGAAGCCCUUUGAGCCCGAGCACACCACGGAGGAGGACUUCCACGUGGAUGAGGACACCACGGUCAAGGUGCCCAUGAUGAGCCGCCUGGGCAUGUUUGACGUCCACUACUGCGACAAGCUCGCCAGCUGGGUGCUGCUCAUGGACUAUGUGGGCAACGCCACCGCCUUCUUCAUCCUGCCCGACCAGGGCAAAAUGCAGCAGCUGGAGGCCAUGCUGAGCAGGGACGUCCUGGCCAAGUUCCUGGAAAAGCAACACACCAGGUCUGCCAAUGUGCAUUUCCCCAAACUGUCCAUCUCUGGGACCUACGAUCUGAAAAACGUCCUGAGAAAACUGGGCAUCACCAAGAUCUUCACCUACGAGGCUGACCUCUCAGGGGUCACUGAAGGAGGUCACCUGAUACUGUCCGAGGCGCUCCAUAAGGCCGUGCUGACCAUCGACGAAAGAGGGACAGAAGCGGCUGGGGCCACGUUUCUGGAAGCCAUCCCCAUGUCGAUGCCCCCCACUGUCGAGUUCAACAGGCCCUUUAGCCUCCUCAUCUAUGACAGAAACACCAAGAAUAUCAUCUUCCUGGGAAAGGUGGUGAACCCCACCCAAUAAUAGCUGCUUUCUGGGUUCAGCACCCCCUCCCCCAGACCAACAUUAAAGAACGAUCCGGCCCGAG